AGGUGGCAGCGAUGGCCCAGUCCUGAGCGCCCCGCCAUGGCCGGCGCCCCCAGCCCGCUGCGCCUUGCGCUCCUGCUGCUCGGGGCCGUGGGCAGGGCCGGCCCCCGACCCCAGGGUGCCUCGGUGUCCCUCUCAGAGACGGUGCAGAAAUGGCGAGAAUACCGCCGCCAGUGCCAGCGCUUCCUGAAUGAGGCUCCACCUCUUGCCACAGGUCUGUUCUGCAACAGGACCUUUGAUGACUACGCCUGCUGGCCAGAUGGGGCCCCCGGCUCCUUCGUGAACGUCAGCUGCCCCUGGUACCUGCCCUGGGCCAACAAUGUGCUGCAGGGCCACGUGUACCGCUUCUGCACUGCGGAAGGCCACUGGCUGCACAAGGACAACUCCAGCCUUCCCUGGAGGGACCUGUCGGAGUGUGAGGAAUCCAGGCGUGGUGAGAAAAGCCCCCAGGAGGAGCAGCUGCUGUCCCUUUACAUCAUCUACACGGUGGGCUACGCGCUGUCCUUCUCGGCUCUGGUCAUCGCCUCAGCCAUCCUCCUUGGCUUCAGACACCUGCACUGCACCCGGAACUACAUCCACCUAAACCUGUUUGCGUCCUUCAUCCUUCGAGCGUUGUCUGUGUUCAUCAAGGAUGCAGCCCUCAAGUGGAUGUACAGCACAGCCGCCCAACGGCACCAGUGGGAUGGGCUGCUCUCCUACCAGGACUCCCUGAGCUGCCGCCUCGUAUUCCUGCUCAUGCAGUACUGUGUGGCGGCCAAUUACUACUGGCUGCUGGUGGAGGGUGUGUACCUAUACACCCUGCUGGUCUUCUCCGUGUUCUCCGAGCAGCGUGUCUUCAGGCUGUACCUAAGCAUCGGCUGGGGUUUUCCCCUGCUGUUUGUCAUCCCCUGGGGUGUUGUCAAGUACCUCUAUGAGGACGAGGGGUGCUGGACCAGGAACUCAAACAUGAACUACUGGCUCAUCAUCCGGCUACCCAUCCUCUUUGCUAUUGGAGUGAAUUUUCUCAUUUUUAUCCGUGUCAUUUGCAUCGUGGUAUCCAAACUGAAGGCCAAUCUCAUGUGCAAGACAGACAUUAAAUGCAGACUUGCCAAGUCCACACUGACGCUCAUCCCCCUCCUGGGCACCCAUGAGGUCAUCUUUGCCUUCGUGAUGGACGAGCAUGCCCGGGGCACCCUGCGCUUCAUCAAGCUGUUUACAGAGCUCUCCUUCACCUCCUUCCAGGGGCUGAUGGUGGCCAUCUUGUACUGCUUCAUCAAUAAUGAGGUCCGGAUGGAGUUUCGGAAGAGCUGGGAGCGCUGGCGGCUGGAGCACUUGCACAUCCAGAGGGACAGCAGCAUGAAGCCUCUCCAGUGCCCCACCAGCAGCAUGAGCAGCGGGGCCGCCCUGGGCAGCAGCAGCGUGUAUGCAGCCACCUGCCAUGGCAGCAUGAGCAGCAGGGCCACCGUGGGCAGCACCAGCGUGUAUGCAGCCACCUGCCAGGCCUGCAGCUGA